UGCCAACACCCCGGUUUGGCUGGCACCUUUGACUUACUUGUUGACUGCUCAAUUCGACCAAGUCUACACUGUUAAAUACUAGUCAGGAUGGCCGCUCCAAUUUCUACCGUCGCGGAGACCAAGGAGCUCCGGGGUCUCAACCUCAUCGCUGCCCACUCCCAUAUCCGGGGACUGGGUGUCGAUGCCGACUCUCUGCAGCCUAGAACUUCUUCACAGGGGCUGGUGGGUCAGGAAAAGGCGCGCAAGGCUGCCGCAGUGAUUCUGCAGAUGGUAAAGGAAGGCAAGAUCGCUGGCCGUGCUGUGUUGAUUGCAGGCCCUCCCAGCACUGGUAAAACCGCGAUUGCGAUGGGCAUGGCUCAAUCCCUCGGGUCUGAUGUCCCUUUUACAAUGCUGGCGUCGUCCGAAAUCUUCUCAAUGGAAAUGUCGAAGACAGAGGCGCUUACACAAGCCUUCCGUAAAUCGAUCGGCGUCCGCAUCAAGGAAGAGAGUGAGAUCAUUGAGGGUGAAGUUGUGGAAAUUCAGAUCGACCGGAGUGUUACGGGAGGAAACAAACAAGGGAAGCUCACCAUCAAGACAACCGACAUGGAAACUAUUUACGACAUGGGAACCAAGAUGAUCGACUCAAUGACCAAAGAGCGAGUGAUGGCGGGUGACAUUAUUUCCAUCGACAAGUCCUCGGGCAAAAUAACCAAGCUGGGGCGCUCUUACGCGCGGUCCCGAGAUUAUGAUGCGAUGGGUGCGGACACGAAGUUUGUUCAAUGCCCUGAAGGCGAGUUGCAGGUGCGCAAGGAAAUAGUUCACACCGUCAGUCUUCACGAAAUCGAUGUCAUCAACUCCCGGUCACAAGGAUUUUUGGCCCUCUUCUCUGGCGACACAGGCGAAAUUAGGAGCGAAGUGAGGGAUCAAAUCAACACAAAGGUUGCGGAGUGGAAGGAGGAAGGAAAAGCCGAAAUCAUCCCCGGCGUAUUGUUCAUUGAUGAGGUGCACAUGCUUGAUAUUGAAUGCUUCUCCUAUAUCAACCGUGCUUUGGAGGCGGAACUUGCACCCAUCGUCAUCAUGGCCAGCAAUCGUGGUCACGCUCGGAUUCGGGGAACGACAUACAACUCCCCGCACGGUCUACCCCUUGAUUUCCUCGACCGUGUGGUGAUUGUUAGCACCCAACCGUAUGCUGCUGAUGAGAUUAGGCAGAUUCUGGCGAUUCGUGCCCAAGAGGAAGAAAUUGAUCUUUCCGCAGAUGCUUUGGCAAUUCUCACAAAGAUUGGCCAGGAGUCCAACCUCCGUUAUGCCAGCAACAUCAUCACUACCUCUCAUCUCCUCAGCCAAAAGCGUAAGGCGAAGGAGGUCAGUGUUGAGGACGUCCAGCGCAGCUUCAAGCUAUUCUACGACUCUUCACGCAGUGUUAGCUUCGUCAACGAGUUCGAAAAGCGCUUUAUCGGUGACCAGGGUGCCGUCAGCUUUUCCACUGCUACCAACGGGGAUGCGAUGGAGAUCUCAUAGAUCUGACCCUCCGUAGAGCUUUGAGGGGAUAUGCUAUACUCACAAUGCUUAAGGGAACCGAUCUUCCAUCCCCUCUUCAACUCGGUCGGUUUUUGUUUACUAAAUCAAUUGCUUGAUGUAUGAUAACGCUGGCGCUUGUUCAAAACUCGUUUGUUCUGGGUACUGCUAUAUUUGGGACCUAACUUCCAAGAGAGAGCCUAGCCAGGCUCGAAUGAUAAUGAUUCAAUUAAUAC